AGCAAUUCUUUAAUGCUGAGCCGUCGCAAUACUAUGAAUUCAACUUCUUCAGCAGUUUUUAAUGAGAACGGUCAAGUAGGGAAAAUGAAUUUUUUUUUACUUAUCUUGUCAUUUCAUUUUAUAUUUUUUCAGCAAUUUAACACCAUAAAUUUGGAAAAAUGUGAUUUAGCAACGAAAGGAAAGACUGUGCCUUUUUCUAAAGCCAUUCGCAUCGAUGGGUUUGAAAUAGAAACGUGGUUUUCGUCGCCUUAUCCUGAGGAAUAUGCUCAGUUAUCAGUUUUUUAUCUCUGUGGAUUUUGUAUGAAGUACAUGAAGAGUGAAGAAAUCGCAAAAAGACAUCGAGAUAAAUGUGAACUUUAUCAUCCACCUGGCGACGAAAUAUAUCGUUGUGGCAACAUAUCCGUUUUCGAGGUUGAUGGCAAUUUAUCUCGAAUUUAUUGUCAAAAUAUUUGUUUGAUGGCGAAGUUAUUUCUUGAUCAUAAGACUUUAUAUUAUGACGUUGAACCUUUUCUUUUUUAUGUUUUAACAAAAAAUGAUAUUAAUGGAUGUCAUUUUGUUGGAUAUUUUUCUAAAGAGAAAUAUAGUGCUCAAAAGUUUAAUUUAUCUUGCAUAAUGACUCUACCUUGUUAUCAAAAACAGGGAUAUGGCAGAUUUCUCAUUGAUUUCAGUUAUUUGCUGUCUCGUCGGGAAAAUCUAGUUGGUACUCCAGAAAGGCCGCUAUCUGAGCUAGGGCGCAUAUCAUACAGAAGCUAUUGGAAAUCAAGUAUAUUGGAAUUUCUGUAUUCUUCUGUUUCACCGAAAAAUCUUAAGAAAUUAACUAUAAGAAGUAUCAAGGAUUAUGGCAUAAAAUCACCACUUGGGAAUCGCCUUAACAUAUCUCCCAAAAAAUCACCCGAAUUCCCUGUAAGAACGCCACAGGUGAAACGUCUAAAUAUUUCUCCUAAGAAAUCAGCCAAAAGGUCAGCAUUAGGUGACUCUAUCAGUUUGUCUUCUCAGAAGUCACAACAGAAAUCAGCUACUAUGCUUGGUCGAAGAAAAUUAAAGCAUCGUUCGUUAGAUCAGGUAUUCCUUCAAAGAUUUUUUUAA